GUCCUUUGCUGUUUCUUUCCUGUCAUGCGCUUUAGAUGUAAACAGUUUUCACAAGCAACCCAAGUCACGCUUUUAUCACAAAAUACUAAUUAUUGUAAAGUUUAGCUCAUGCAGUCCCAGAUUCUCAAUUUUGUACGAAUAUCUUUAUUUACACUUCUUCAACCUGCGUUGUUAAAUCGCAUGCUUUUAAGGACAAUCACACAUCACAGCUCUAAGAGUGUUUACUCACAGUACAGCACGAUGCCUAAAAAGAGCAAAACGAGUAAAAGCAACCCAAAGCCAACUUUACCGAAGACACCGUCCGGACCAGUAACAAAAAGUAAAGACGGUGGAAUUGCAAUCGCAAUACACGCCAAACCCGGGGCAAAACAAAAUGCAAUUACAGAUGUCUCUGAUGAGGCGGUGGGUGUCGCCAUUGCCGCGCCGCCGACAGACGGGGAGGCCAACGCCGAGCUGCUGCGAUAUUUAUCCAAAGUCCUGGAGCUGAAGAAGAGUGAAAUAUCUUUAGAUAAGGGCUCCAAAUCCAGAGAAAAAAUUAUCAAGGUAACAGCAAGUGUCAGUCAAGAGGAUAUUUUGGAGAAAUUAAGAAGAGAGGCCGCUGGGUGAAACUACAUUGUACUUUGACACAAAAAUGGACUAAGCAUGGAGUCAUGUUCUGUGUUAACCUCGUAUUCCAAGUUGUUUGCACCAAUAUGGUAUAAUAUUUAAUGAAAUAUUCAAGUUUUCAAAUAAAAUGCUGUAUUUUUGGGUAAGUCUGUGUGAUUGUGAAUGCUACCCUAAAACAUUAUACAUAUAGCCACAAAUGUGGUUGUAACCUGUUACUGUAAUAAUAUUUUAAGUUAAGAACAUGCACUGCUUAUCCUACCAGUUAAAUAGUGGUUACAGCAGCACCUGAGGUCCUUCACCAGUGACAAAUGUGUUCAUUAAUGAGAGUCUAAUGAGUAUGGUUAUCAGACAUUUUCUAUUAACUAAAAGCCUUUAAAUUGAUUAUUCGACAGAUUGUAGGAGGCUUAGUUAUCGUACAUAUAAAAGCAUUUUAGCUGUUUAUAGAACUGUGGGGUGAAAAAGUGUUGGCCCCCCCUCCAGAUUUCUUAUGUUAUUGCAUAUUUUACACACUUUAAUGUUUUAGAUCAUCAAACAAAUUUAAAUAUUAGUCAAAUAUAACACAAGUGAACCCCACAUGCAGUUUUAAAAUGAAGGUUUUAUUAUUAAGGGGAAACUAAAUCCAAAACUACAUGGCCUGUGUGACAAAUAUGCAAACACAUAAGAAAUCUGGAGGGGGGCCAACACUUUAUCACAUCACUGUAUACUGUAUGUGCAUUUGUGUUCAGUGUAUUUUAAAAUAGAUUGGAGCCAUUAGCCCAAAUUUAGACUAAAUUCAUUUUAUAAUGCUAAAACAGAUUCUUUCUGUGAGCAUACAUAACAAGCAACCAGAAAAUAUUACAGAUAAUGUAAAAUAAGAAGUGAAACAGUAUUUCCUGGUUUUCUAUUGCUUACUUAGUUUCAUAUAUAAUGAAGAGGUAAAUUUCUUUAAUAAACAAAAUUUUUGAGGCAAUGUGCACCUCCACCAUUAGUGGGGGGGAGGAAAAGUCAUCGAGAGCCAAAACAUGUUUGCAUUUAAUCAUGCAGGCAAGCUCUGCAACCUCCCACUUUAUUAAAGUCUUCCAAUAUAAAUCUUUAAUAAAUGAGAAUCUCUGGUUAUUUGCCUGUUCCCAGCCCACUUCCUGUAUACGCCUUAUGAAAUUGUCAUAUAACAAUAUUUUUAAUUUACUUGUUUAAUAAAAAAUUAAUUCAUUGA